ACCCCAGCGUACCCCAGGCCCGGCGGACGGACCCAGCUGGGGGUGCCCUCCCGGAGCCGGGGAGGUCCCGGCCGUCUGGGCCUUCCGCGCGAGCAGCGGGGCGGGAACCUAAGGGCACAGGCACGCCCAGCGGAAGGAACGGAAUCGGGGACGCCGCGACCGCGCACCCUCAGAGCACUGCUGUGGCGGGAUCCUGUUCUCGCUCCCGUUGCGCACGGGGAGACUGAGGCCUGGGCGACAACGCCGGCUCCGUCCACGGUGUCAGGUGGAAGGCUGGGGGAAGGAGACGGAACGCGAGCGUCUCCGAAGCGGCGGUUCCGGAAGGCCGACAGGAGAGGUGACCAGAGCCACGUGAUGUCAGUAGUUCGUUCGUCCGUCCACGCCAAGUGGAUCGUGGGGAAGGUGAUUGGAACAGCAAUGCAAAAAACAGCCAAAGUGAGAGUGACCAGACUUGUUUUGGAUCCCUAUUUAUUAAAGUAUUUUAAUAAACGAAAAACCUACUUUGCCCACGAUGCUCUUCAGCAGUGCGCAGUUGGGGAUAUUGUGCUUCUCAAAGCUCUACCUGUUCCACGAACAAAGCACGUGAAACAUGAACUGGCCGAGAUCAUUUUCAAAGUUGGACGAGUCAUAGAUCCAGUGACUGGAAAACCCUGUGCAGGAACUACCUACCUGGAAAGCCCAGUCAGCUUAGAAACCACCUGCCUACCCAAAAAUCUGGAAGAACUCAAAAGCUCUUCAGCACAGUGAAGGAGGAUUGGAAGAAGGAGCCAAAGGGAAAGAUUGUUAAGUUUGCUUUAUGGAAAAAGAAAUUUUUUUAAGUUUCAUUACAAACUGUCUAAUUUCUCUCCCAGUAUUUAUGGAAUAGCUAAAAGUAAAUGAAGUAAAGGCCGUUAAAAUUUUUCAUAAAAGUUUAAGUGGACAUACUUUCCUCUUAGAGUAAGUGUGCCUAGCAGUCCCCUAGCAUUGUUUUAUAAGCUCACUGUGUUAGAAGGUGUCCUUUUUUUAUCAUUCAAAGGAAUCUUGAAUUUAUCUUAGAAUCUUUAUUUGGGGAGGAAAUAUCUUUCGAUAAAAAACAGAUAAGACUACAUUAAGUGAUAUUUAUUUUUGGUGGCAUAUAUUUGAAAUUAAAUUUUUUUCUGAUUUAACUAGUUACAAAUGGAAAUAAUUAACAGUCUGAUUGGGGUCAGACUUUAUCAGAUUAAAGUUUGUAUUAUGAAUGUUGAAACAUAGAAAAUAAAACUUGAAAAUUCUGUCACUUUUUUUAAAUCCUGUAUUCUAGCGUAGAUUAAAUAAAACUGAGUUCCUAAAAUCUGA